CCCAAUAUAUUAGAAAAUUUGAGAAAUACAACCCCACAUCUAAUCAAAAGACGCCACGUCGUGCUUAAGCAACAACCCCAUAAUCAAAUUUAGUUAAUUCUCUGUCUCCCACCACUCCUCUGUUUGGAUGAAAAACCACCAUUGAGAAAAUUUCUACUCAAAAAUAAAAACUUCUUCUCUUAACCGAUCAAACAAACCAAAUCCUCCAUUCCUUUCGCCUCUCCUUCCUUUUUUUCUUUCUUUCCUUAAAAAUUUGUCCAACAAGACACACAGCAAAUCACAAAAUCAAAUGCCCCCUCUUCUUCUUCUUCUUUCUCCUCUGUUUUUCAUUCUCCCUUAAAUGCCUUCCCCUCCUCCCUCCUUUCCCUUGCCGGCGCUCUUCAGCCGGUCCCACCAUUCUCCCUUCUUGUUCUAAACUUUCUUCCCCUCUAACCCUUUUCAAAAACCAUGUCUAUUUUGAACCCUUUUCAGCUUCUAGAGCUUAAUGUUAUCUCUGCUCAGGAUUUAGCUCCGGUGUCUCGUUCUAUGAGGACUUACGCCGUUGCUUGGGUUCAUCCUGACCGGAAACUCUCUACCCGUGUUGAUACUCAUGGUCAUAAUAACCCAACUUGGAACGACAAGUUUGUGUUUCGUGUUGAUGAUGAGUUCUUACAUUCCGACACGUCGGCGGUGAUGAUUGAGAUCUAUGCUCUGCAUUGGUUUAAAGACAUUCAUGUUGGGACGGUGAGGAUUCUUGUUGGGAAUCUCAUCCCUACUCCGCCGCGGCUUCAUCAAUUUAGUCAACAACCACAAGUUGGAAUGCGAUUUGUGGCUUUACAGGUACGGCGGCCGUCGGGUAGGCCGCAGGGGAUUUUGAAUAUUGGGGUUGCUCUGCUUCAUAGCUCGAUGAGGAGUAUGCCGUUGUACUCUCAAUUGAGUACCUCAGCGAUUGGGUACCGGAAUCUCAUGGGGGAGGAGGAUCCAUUUGCUAAUCAUCAUAGUAAUAACAACAAUCAUAGCCAUGGAACUCCCACGGUGGUUACUCGCCCGGAGAUGCGACGGUCUAAGAGCGAUACGAGUUCGAUGAUGGGAUCAGAGCUUCGAGGGUCGGAAAUGAUGGGAAGAGGAACAAAAUCGAAAGCGAGUUCUAUGGUGAAUGGGUCGGAGGUUUCGAAACAGAAGAAAAAGGGAAGAUCCAAAGCCAGUUCGAUGAUUAGUGGGUCCGUUGUGAUUAAAAAAAAAGGAAAAUCUCGAAAGGCGAGUUCGAUGAUUAGUGGGUCAGGGAUUGAAGAAGCUUAUAAUGUUACAAAUGGGAAGAAUGGGAAAUCGAACCUUGUAAUUGCUGGGAAGAAGGAUAAAAUUGAUCAAUACAGCAUUUUAAGCGGCUCUGAAGUUCACCCAAUUGAACCACCGACGAACAAGAAGGAAAAAGCAGCACAAAAACCCAAUUCUAGCGAAAAAUCCCUAGAUUCUCCGCCAUGGAAAAAGCCUUCCAAUGAUAAACCCGUUUCGGAUUCGCCGAGAGGUAAACAGGGUCAAGAAACACCCAAUUCGAGGUUCGAUAAAAUGCCCUACGCUACGCCACUCAGAACCCCACAGAGGCUAGCCGCCAGCGGCGGCGGCACUGCUAGAGCAACUCCGAUGCACGAUAAAUUUGCGACACCGAGAAGAUCUACGCCGUUAGGAAAAUCAUCUUACACGAAAUACAACGAAUUCAAUUAUACAACACCGAGGAAAUCGUUUUUGGGUGGCGCAUUUUUAACCGAAUCGGAGCUCGGUCCGUCGCCGUCGGAGGUAGCGGCACAAAUGGCCACACAGAAAAUCGAUGACGGUAAUGAGAGCUCGAUUGUUGGUGGGUUGAGCCUGAACGACAGCGUCGAGGGUCUACAAUCAAAGCUGGAACGGUGGCGGACGGAGCUUCCUCCGGUUUAUGAUCGCGGCGAGUUAUCUAGCCUUCCAACGAGCGAAACCCGACAACACAACCGCCGUCACAGUGACGGCGGUGGCUUAUUUUCCUGUUUCAGCAACAUUUGCGGCUGUGAAUGCUCCAUCGUUUGCGGCGGAUCGCCAAAGGCUCCGAAGAAAUCCCCUAGCGGCCGUGUUGUCCGGAGCCCGUCGGCGGACCAAGUGAGCUUCAUUUAAAAAUGCGAGAAGACGAACGUUUUUCGGGUCGGCUCCACCAAACCGGACUGAACUAAAACCGAACCGAAUCGUUUUGACUUUUCUAAAGACAAGUUUGACCCUAACAGGAUAAGAGGAGACACAAUAUAGAGAGACAACCAGCCAAUAUCAUUCUUUCUCUAUAUUUGUUUUGGAUUUUUCUUUUUUCUUUUUCUAUUACUCAAAUUUUUAAUAUUUUUUUUAAAAAAAACCUUUAAAUCUAAAACAAAAGGGAAAGGAAAUUUUACUUCAUUUUCUAUAAAUGUAAUUGGAUUGAUUUGUGAAAUAUUCUUUUGUUUAUUCUUAAUAGAACCCUUCUUUGUUCAUGUGUUUGAUAACCAU